GGGUUUUUUGGUAGCUAUUAUGCCUGAUCCAGCCAAAUCCGCUCCGGCGCCCAAGAAGGGCUCGAAAAAGGCCGUGACCAAGUCGCAGAAGAAAGAUGGGAAGAAGCGCAAGCGGAGCCGCAAAGAGAGCUACUCCAUCUACGUGUACAAGGUGCUGAAGCAGGUCCACCCCGACACGGGCAUCUCGUCCAAGGCCAUGGGCAUCAUGAACUCGUUCGUCAACGACAUCUUCGAGCGCAUCGCCGGCGAGGCUUCCCGCCUGGCGCACUACAACAAGCGCUCCACCAUCACGUCCCGGGAGAUCCAGACGGCCGUGCGCCUGCUGCUGCCCGGGGAGCUGGCCAAGCACGCCGUGUCCGAGGGCACCAAGGCCGUCACCAAGUACACCAGCUCCAAGUAAACUGACCGUCUGAUUCUUUCGCAUCCUGAAACCAAAGGCUCUUUUCAGAGCCACCCACCUGCUCGCAAAACUGCUGUAAUUCUUUUCGAUGUGUUUGUAACAACAAUAGUAACGGUGUUUGUUAAGCUCUAUGUACCAAGUACUGUUCUAAAUACAA